AUGAGACGUGAGAAUAAGUAUGGAACAAGUAAGACUAUUCGAUUUUGUCAAAACUCUUUUGAAAUAUGGUCACAACAGUAUUCAUCUGAACGACCGUCUAUAAACAAAAGAAAUCGUUGGAAACUGUUAGAUCUAUUAAAUAAAUAUGCUGAAUCACCAGAUUUUUCUAAUAAAAUUGUUAUUCGUCGAAAUUACAAUUUCUGUGAAUAUGAUGGCUAUGAAUCUAGGUUACGAGAAAAUCCACCACCCCAUCCUAGUUUUUCACGUAAACCUGAUUUUGUUUAUCAGCCUUAUGUAAACUUUAUCAAAGUAAAUCAAGAUAAAUUCGAUUUAAUGUUUCAAAAUGGGUGCAAAUUAUCGGAAAUUAAAAAUAAUUUCGAAGAUUUAAUUAAUAUUGAUGCAUAUGAUGGUCCUGUAAUGUUAAUCUAUUUUAUAAAUGAUUCAAAUCAGUAUUAUUCACCAGAUUGGUUUCAGGCAUUGAGACAUGCUUCUGGUGGUUCUUUCGCUGGUUAUCAUACAAUUUAUGUGGGUGAUUAUUGUUCUUUCGGACCCAAAAUUCGUGGACAGCAACAGUCAGACUCAAGAAUUAAUCAGAUUGUGUUGAUUCUUACAAAUAAUGACAUAGAAAAACGGUGUGGUUAUUAUUCUGUCGGUUACUAUAAAUGUCUUACAAAAGCUGAUCAAUUUGGAUCAGUCAAUAUUGCACGAUCUAUAGCACCAAAUGGUAAUGGACCUUUACGAUUAAGAUAUGAUGCAACUUCUUUUGAUGUUCCAUCCGGAAAUAGAUCUCCGAUUAAAGCAAAAGCUAAACCAAUAUGA